CUCAGCAGUAGCAUCCAUAGGGUGAGAGCUCUAGAAUGGCAGAAUGAACAAAGUCCUCUCACAAUCUCUUCUCCUCUCAAGAGGAAGAUAAAAAAAAAUGGCUUUAGAAGAAGAGGAAGAGGUCCAAAACGCACCGUUUUGUAUGCUUUUCUGUGAGGAAGAGAGUCAUGACCUCGAGGAAAAAGAAACCAUUGUAAAGUUUCCGUCUUUCCAUCCGGGUUUCCUCGACCAUGACAUGUCCUGGGACGAAGAUGAGUUGUUAAGUCUGGUUUCGAAAGAAAACGAGUUAAACCCCUGUCUUUCCGACAGUGUCUUAGAUGAGUUUCUUGUCCUGUGUCGCGAAAAGGCUAUAGAUUGGAUCUUAAGAGUGAAAAGUUUUUAUGGGUUUAAUGCCUUGACGGCUCUUCUCGCUGUUAACUACUUCGAUAGGUUUAUUACGAGCAGGAAGUUUCAGACAGAUAAGCCGUGGAUGUCUCAGCUUACAGCUGUGGCUUGUCUGUCUUUAGCUGCUAAAGUUGAAGAGAUCCGUGUUCCUUUGCUCUUAGAUCUUCAAGUGGGAGAUGCGAGAUAUGUCUUUGAGGCUAAGACUAUACAGAGAAUGGAGCUUUUGAUUCUCUCUACUCUUCAAUGGAGGAUGCAUCCCGUGACUCCUAUCUCGUUUUUCGAUCACAUUAUGCGUCGAUUCAGCUCUAAAUCUCACCAGCAGUUGGAGUUCUUGAGUAGAUGUGAAUCUCUGUUGCUCUCCCUUGUUCCAGAUUCGAGGUUUCUAAGUUUUAGUCCUUCUGUGUUGGCCACUGCAAUAAUGGUCUCUGUUGUUAGAGAUUUCAAGAUGUGUGACGAAGCUGAAUACGAAUCUCAGCUCAUGACUCUACUCAAAGUCAAUCCGGAGAAAGUAAAUAAAUGUUAUGAGUUGGUGUUUGAUCACAUUCCAAGCAAGAAAAGGAUGAUGAUGAACUUGAUGCAACCUGCUAGUCCAACCGGUGUAUUUGAUGCAUCAUUCAGCUCUGAUAGCUCAAACGAGUCAUGGGUUGCGUCUGCAUCACCUUCUCAAGAGCCUCUAUUCAAGAGGAGAAGAGUGCAGGAGCAGCAGAUGAGUCUGUCUUCUUCAGUAAACAGAAGGUUUCUCGAUGUGUUCACAAGUAGUCCUCGCUAAUAAUUUUAAGAAACAUAUUAUGUUUUCCUCCCUGUUUUCACAUAUUAUCCGGCUAUAUGGUAAGGCAGAAACAUUAUGUGUUUCACUCGGCUCUUGUGUUAAUGGACGGUUUCAAAUGGUGUACUCUUCAGUAUUUGAUAACUGAAAGAUCUUUUUACUUGUUUCAUGGGUUGAAUAAUUAUCAAAUUUCACCUUACAUAAUUUGCAAUUGUCACACU